UAUCAGUAUGUUUUUUAAAUAAUACAAAAUAAAAAGCACCAGUUUGACCAUAAAAAGUAAAAAUAAAAACAAAAACGUCCCAUACCGGACAAAUAAAGUUGGAGCCUUUCACUGGAAGUUCAAGUGCCACUGUGGUAGUGCUGUGGCUUUGUUGGGUUUUUCCAAUUUCUUUUCAUCCAAACUCUCUGUCUCUCUCUCUCUCGGAUCGUAGGCUUGUAGAGUGGAAAGAAGAAUGAAGAACAAAAAGGAAGAGGAAGAUGUUGUGUCUGGGACAUUCACAUGGGUCAUCGACAACUUCUCUAAGCUCAAGACCGACAAACAUUACUCUGACGUUUUCACCAUCGGUGGCUUCAAAUGGCGGAUCCUUAUACGUCCAAAGGGGUCACACGACCCUGAAUCUGAUGUCGUAGACCAGUUGUCCAUAUAUUUGGGUGUUGCAGAUGCUUCAACAUUGACACCAGGGUGGGCUAGAUAUACACACUUUAGCUUCACCCUGGUUAAUCAACUUGACAGCAGCAAGUCAAAAAUAAAGCAGACACAGGGCAUUGCGAAAGAGUUCAAAGAAGAAAGAAGGGAGUGGGGCUACAAAUCGUUCAUGCCUCUUUGCGAGCUUUAUGACUGCAGUGCAGGUUAUCUGGUGAAUGAUAUAUGUAUUGUUGAAGCCAAGGUUGAUAUCCCAAUUAAGAGUCAAGACCAUGGACCUGGCGUUUCUGCAACUCUCAAGUCCUCAAUUAAGAAAGAACAGAAAUGGUUGGAGGCUUCAAAUGUGAAUUCUGUGCAAGUCCCAGACUCUUUAGUUGCACCUAAGACACCGUGUUCUGAACUGGUGCCUGCUUUGCAAGAUACGCCUGGUUCUGGAAAAGCUUUUAUUGUUAACCCUACUAAUGAUAGCCCUUUUGAACCUUCUCUAGGAAAUAAUGUUUAUGCAACUUUGGAGUCCACAAAGAAAGAACGUAAAGGGCAGGAAUCUUCAAACAUGACUUCUGUGCAAGCUGCAGACUCUUCACCAGCACCUAAGACACCAUCUUUUGAACGGAAGCCUCCUUUCCUGGGUCCACCUAGUUCUGAAAAAGUUUGCAAUGAGCUGACUGGUGAGCUUAUGGAAUUUAUGGGUUUAGGAAAAAUAGAGAAAGCUUUUGUUCCACUGCUAGAGGAAGUUUGUUCGUUGCAUCCUUCGUUGAUCGAGUGUCUACAUAAGAGAAAUCGUAAAGUUAGUGAAUGUGCAUUCACAGCUUUGGGGGAACUCUUGCAUUUUCUGAAGACUACAAGGGUGAAGGAUAUGACUGAGGACGCCUGCGUGCGCCUUCAAAGUUUAUGGGAGGAUGUUGAGAUGUUCAGGUUUGACUUGGCGUGGCUGGAGCCUCAUGUUCACUCUGCUUUGGAUAAGAAGAAGUUCCUGGAAAGGGCAAGGAGAGUGAAAAGACUGAGAGAAGAUGUGGAUAUUUUGGAUAGUGAGAAGAAGAGGCGGAGUGCUGCUCUAGCUGUUACAGAGGCAGAUCUUGAGGUGGCAAAGAGAGACUUGGCUAAGGAGGAAGAGGGCUUUGUGGAGACAGAUAUGGAUAGAGAGCUAGGUUAUGGGAUGGCUUCGCCUUAUUAUAGAAUUUUAUGUUAGAUAUGACUUGUAGGACAGGUAAAUGAGAUAGACAUGGAUAGUGAGCUAAGUUAUGGGAACCGUUAGCCUUAUUUAGAAUUUCAUCUUAGAUAUGAGUUGCAGGACAGAUAUGGGCGACACAUAUUUGAACUUGUAUGACAGGUUUGUUAGCCCCAUCAACUCCCUGGUAUGAUCGAUUAGGCAGGAUUGCGGAGUUAAUGGGUACUA